UUCUCGUUUUGAGCAAUCCAGGCAUCCGCUUGUCUGCAAUUGAGCUAAAACGAAAAUGAAAACGCAUUGUCGACCUCUCUGAAAAAGAACUUGCCCAAAGUCAUUCCAAAUGAAACUGCUCCAUCGGGAAUUGUCUCUCGCAGAAAGCGACACUUGACGUCGGUGUUGUGGCAGGAUUGAGUGUCAAGUGAUGAAUGGAAACAAGUGUCCGCUUAACCUGCAACGAGCCGUUGAUUAAAUAAAGUACAAGUUUGUUGAGACAGAAUGUCAGAAAAAGAAUAUGCCCCUCUCAGCUCGGCCUGUGUCCGGGCCCUCAAUGACAAGAUCUAUGACAAGCGAAAAGCCGCAGCUCUCGAGAUUGAGAAGAUGGUGAAGGACUUUGUGACAAGAAACAAAACCCAAGAAUUAAGACAACUAAUGAAAGUGCUGGGUCAAGAUUUUGCUGGUUCUCAAAACCCCAACACUCGGAAAGGAGGACUCAUUGGUUUAGCAGCGACAUCCAUUGCUCUGGGGAAGGAUACUGGGCAAUACACUGAAGAAUUAGUGCUGCCCAUACUUGCCUGUUUCUCAGAUGGAGAUCUAAGAGUGCGUUAUUACGCAUGUGAAAGCCUGUACAAUGUUGUCAAAAUUGCUAGAGGUGCGGUUUUACCACAUUUUGCUGAGAUAUUCAGUGCCUUAAGCAAACUGGCAGCAGAUCCCGACCAAAGUGUGAAAAAUGCUUCAGAGCACCUGGACCGACAAAUGAAAGAUAUAGUCAGUGAGGAUCCUUCCUUCGAUAUGAUGGCGUUCAUACAGCUCUUAAGAGAGCGAAUUUAUACUAAAAAUCCUUUUACAAGGCAGUUUAUAAUAUCAUGGGUAUCAGUCCUUUAUGCUGUUCCCGAUAUGGAUUUCAUUGUAUUGUUACCAGAAAUUUUAGAUGGCCUUUUAAAAAUGCUCGAUGAACCCUCAUUGGAAAUUAAGAAAACAUGUGAUACAGUUUUAGGUGAAUUCCUAAGAAGCAUUAAGCAAGAUCCCAGUAGGGCUGAUUUCUCUUCAAUGACAAACAUUUUAAUUAUACAUGCUCAAGCACAAGAUGAGUUCCUUCAACUCACCGCAAUAACAUGGAUCAAAGAAUUUGUCCAAUUGUCUGGUAGAAGCAUGUUACCCUAUGCAUCUGGUAUUCUGACAGCUAUUCUCCCGUGCCUUUCAUAUGAUACGGAUUCUCGAAAAAGUAUCCUUACGACUGCUUGUUUUCCCUUUACUUACUUUUACUUACUUUUCCUCCCCAUACAGUUCCCUAUUAUAAUUUCAAAAUCUUCCUUACAAAAAUAUUCAGAUACUAGAGAAACAGCCAAAGCUGUUAACAUUAGUCUUACCAGGCUAAUCACUGCUGAGGAAGACAACAAAGAGAGUGUUCUGAAUGUGGAGUCCAUCGUAGAUGUACUAUUGAAACAUCUCGUACAUACUGCUGUGCCCACCAAAGUUGCUGCUUUACAAUGGGUUUAUCAUUUGCAUACCAACAUUCCUGAUCGGAUGAUUGUACAUAUGGAUGAAAUAUUCCUUGUCAUGUUGAGAGUAUUGUCAGAUUCUUCUGAUGAAGUUGUCCAAAACGACUUAGAAGUUUUGGCUGAGAUAAUGUCGUACCCUUUGCCAGAUGACGGUUCUGGUGAUGCCUCGGGAGUUACAAAAAGUCCAAAUUCAAAAAAUCCUUAUUUUUCUAAAUUCAUUGUAAGCUUGUUGAAACUUUUUGCAACAGACAGUCAUUUACUUGAAGAUAGGGGCUCAUUUAUCAUAAGGCAACUAUGUGUCCUUCUUGAUGCUGAAGACAUCUACAGAACUCUGGCCACAGUUCUCUCAAAGGAGGAAAAUGUAACAUUUGCAUCCACAAUGGUUGAAAUUCUUAACACUAUACUUUUAACAGCUGCAGAGCUUUUCAAGCUCAGAAAUAAAUUAAAGGAUCUUUCUACUGAGGAAAGUUGUACACUGUUUUGUCAACUGUAUGAGCUGUGGUGUCACAAUCCAGUGGCAACUGUCUCUCUCUGUCUUUUGACCCAAAACUAUGCCCAUGCCAGCCGUUUGAUUAGAAACUUUGGAAGUUUGGAAGUUACAGUGGACUUUCUCAUCGAAAUAGAUAGACUGGUGCAACUUUUGGAAUCUCCCAUUUUCACUUUUGUUCGACUAGAGCUUCUAGAAAUUCCACACAACCAUCACCUUGUUCAAGCACUGUAUGGUUUGCUUAUGCUCUUGCCCCAAACUGAAGCUUUCCAUAUGCUGCAGCGCAGACUCAACUGUAUUCCAUCCCUCCACUUGCAAAAUGGAUUGACAUCAGGGGGAGUUGAAGAGAAGGUGGACUCAAGACCUGGAGCUAAAGGCAUAAACUUUGAUAAUCUCCUAAAACAUUUUUUUGAAGUUCAAGAGAAAGAUAGUCAAAAGAAGCAAAAUGACAGGCGAAUGGCUUUACUUCAGCAAGGUGUUAUGAAUCUUGAUGUCCAGUAAAUGGUAUAACUUUUGGACACAGUCAAUGUAUUUAAAAUUAAUUGAAAAAUUUCUGAGACAGGGUUCAGCUAGUUAAUUGGCAUUCCAGUGAAUGCAAGUCUCUGUGUGUGUCCUGUCAAUGUUUCAUGGCAGUUAACCAAUUGCAAUUGAAUUGGUUUCCAGAUGCCCUGGAAAUGUCCAGUAAUAUGCAUGUACCUAGCUGUAUGUACCAAGGUGAUACUGUAAUGCAUUUUUCUUGUAUAAAUUAAGUGAGAGGAAUGUCUAUAAUUUAUGUUGUUGAUUAAUAUAAAAUCUAAUAGAUAUGUU